UUGCCACAGUAAGGGAGGGGGUACAAUCCUGGGUGGCCUUCGGAGGAAAACUCAAUGGAUAUUUGUCAAAAAAUAUUCAGAAUGAACGACUCAGACAUUAAGUGACAGCGAGAGAUAUUUUCAUUCAUCCGUUCAUUUCAUUUAUUAGUUUUUCAGCCAGGAUGAAUUAAUCUUAGUGAACUUCCGAAGCUUCUCUUGCUAGCUUGGCUUGCUGGCUGCUAACAAAGAGACCCGGAUGUUAGCAACGCAUCGCUAAGCGGAGGUUCAAGCGUGAGUGUAAAAGUGUGAAAAUGUGUAAAGGACAAAUGCCGGGACCGCUGAGGAAAUAUUUGCCGUGUGAGAAAGAAGGAUAGAGGAGGACGUGGAGGAACUUUUUCGAACAAAAGAGGAAAACGAGCAACUAUCGGACUCGACGCCUCAAACGUCAGUGUUGAACAUCUCCCCCCUCGGAGCAGCAGGGUUGGACCUCCAUUAUGGAGCAGGAGGCCCCACAUAUCAAACAGGAAGAAGAGGAGCCGGUGCCCCCCCAUAUUAAAGAGGAAAUGGACGAUCCAUGGCCCCUCAACUUUAAGGAGGAAGGCGAGGAUCACAGCAUCCAUGAGGAGGCAGAGCAUCUCGAAGGACGGGAGGAGUUCAAAGUGGUCUGUGUCACUGUGAAGAGUGAAGAUGAUGAAGAUGAUGAAGACUGCAACCUCUUAGCUCCGAUAUCCGACAGCGAUGACGCGGCGUCGCGUUCCCCCAACACUGACGAUGAUGACACCUCUGAAGCCGACGCAGGAGGGAAACCAUUCACCUGCUCGGUUUGCGGUAAAAGAUUCUCCCGGCGCUCGUAUUUGAACGUGCACACAAGACGACACACUGACGAGAAAUCGUUUCCUUGCACGGCGUGUGGCAAAAGAUUCAACCAAAAAGCAGAUUUAAGUCGACACGCAAAGGUACACACCGGAGAGAAACCCUUUUCCUGCUCAGUUUGCGGUAAAGACUUCAUUGAUAAGUCACGUUUGAAAAUACACGCAAGGAUACACACCGGAGAGAAACCCUUUUCCUGCUCGGUUUGCGGUAAAGACUUUAUCGAUAAGUCGCAUUUGAAAAUACACGCAACAACGCACACCGGAGAGAAGCCUUUUCCUUGCACCGUGUGCGGUCGGAGUUUCUCCCGGCAGUCAUAUUUGAAAGUGCACACAGCAAGGCACAGUGGAGAGAAACCUUUCCUUUGCACAGUGUGUGGUAAACGCUUCAAUCAAAGAGUUGAUCUAAACAGGCACGCAAAAAUCCACGGCGAAGAGAAGCCUUUCACGUGCGUGGCGUGCGGGAAAAGCUUCUAUCAUAAAGCCGACUUAAAAAGACACACGCGAAUACACGCUGAAGAAAACCCUUUUUCCUGCUCACUUUGCGGGAAAGGCUUCAUCGAUAACUCACAUUUAAAAAUACACGCCAAAAUACACACCGGAGAUAAACCUUUUCCUUGUACAGUGUGCGGCACAACAUUCUCAAGGAAAAGUGAUUCAUUCAGACAUGCAAGAAUGCACCUGGGAGAGAAACCCUUUUCCUGCUCGGUUUGCGGGAAAGGUUUUGUGAAGAAGUCACAUUUGGUUGUGCACACAAGAAUACACACCGGAGAGAAACCUUGUCCUUGCUUGGUGUGUGGUAAAAGAUUCUCCAAAAAAAGCGACUUGGACCGACACGCCAAAAUACACACUGGAGAGAAACCGUUUCCUUGUACAGUGUGUGGCAAACGAUUCUCCAGGAAAAGUUACUUUGCCCGACACACAAGAAUACACCUGGGAGAGAAACCGUUCUCCUGCUCAGUUUGUGGGAAAGUGUUUGUGAACAAAUCGCAUUUAGAUGUGCACGCGAGAGUGCAUACUGGAGAGAAACCCUUUCCUUGCUCGGUGUGUGGUAAACGCUUCUCGAAAAAAAGUCACUCAGACAGACAUGCGAGAGUUCAUGCCGGGGAGAAACCCUUUCCGUGCUCGCUUUGAUAAGCCACGCCGGGGAAAGGCAAACAAGAAUUGACACCUUUUUCAGUUUGUGGCGAAGGAUUUGAGUUGAGAAGUUCCGAAGGGCUUUGAAUGUCUUUAUUUACUUUUUAGUACAACUCAGCGGUCAAUUUAGUGGUGAUUUUUAACACGGGUGACAUUUUUCUUUGUUUUUUGCUUACAGUUUUGCUGGUUUGACUGCAUAUGCUGGGAUUUUCCCAAGAUGUUUUUUGUUUUAAUGAAAAUCCAAUGUCAAAUUUGUUCCGUCAACCAAAUGACUCGACUGAAAACUGCUAUUCCAACAUCUUUUUUGCUGGAAUAUCAAAUGAACAUGUAACAUGUAAAUAUUGCUAUUAUUUCAACAUU